AUGUCAGCCCUAGCAAAGAUCCGCGAGGGCCUCGCUCGCGAGGAUAAUACUCCUGUCGCACAUACUCUGGCUCCCCACGAGAAGGAGAUCGAAGAGGCUCCCGAGACUAUCACCGAGACCGGUCCUGGCCAUGACAAGGAGGCCACUGCUGGUGCUCUCCCUCCUGACGAUAAGGGCAACGAUUCUGAUGUGCCCAGUGAAGAUGUCCAGACUGGAGUCAAGGAGAUUCAGGCCAUUACCCUCACUUGGGGUAAGGGAUCCCUGGCUGCUCUCUUGUGUCUCAUCUGGACACUCUUCCUCAUAAGUGGAUUUCGUGGUUCCUUCUACCUCGUCUUGGUGCCUUAUGUAACCAGCGAGUGGCAGGCCCAUUCCCUCAUGACCACCAUCCCCAUCGUGUCAGACGCCAUGACUGCAGCCUGCUAUAUCCCCAUGGCCAAGGCCCUCGACGUCUGGGGACGCGCUGAGGGCUUCCUGCUCAUGAGUGGCUUUGCAACACUUGGUCUUAUCCUCAUGGCUGUAUCUCAGAACCUCGCAACCUUCUGUGCUGCACAAGUCUUCUACUCUGUCGGAUGGGGAGGCAUGAUUUAUGCCGUUGGCGUCCUCGCUGCCGAUGCAUCCAAUCUCCGGAACCGAGGUUUGGCCUUUGCCUUUACUUCCUCGCCAUACAUGAUUACGGCUUUUGCCGGUUCCAAGGCUGCCGCUGCUUUUGUCCUCGAUGUCAAGAACUGGCGAUGGGGUUUCGGCUGGAUCGCUAUCGUUCUGCCGUGUGUCACUAUUCCUCUGUUCCUUGUCUUGAAGGUUAAUCUUCACAAGGCUUUCAAGAAGGGAACAGUCACCAAGACUCAUAGAAACCGGGGCUUCUUUGGUAGCAUCUGGUGGGUCUUCAACGAGUUCGACGUUAUCGGCAUCUUCCUCUUUGGCGGCGGUCUUGUCGUCUUUCUCCUCCCCUUCAACCUAGCUGCACACGCGCCCGACGGCUGGUCUACCGGCUACAUCAUCGCCAUGAUCGUGGUCGGAUUCUGCACUCUCGUCUUCUUUGGUGUCUGGGAGUAUUGGCUCGCCCCUGUUCCUUUCUUGCAGGGGCGCUUCCUCCUCGAUAGGUCUGUCGUUGCCGCUUGCAUGAUCGAUCUUACCUACCAGAUCUCUUACUAUACUUGGAACUAUUUCUUUACUUCAUUCUUGCAGGUCGUUGUCAACCUCGGCCCUGCUGAAGCCGGCUAUGUCAACUCUACUUUCCAGGUCGUCUCAGGCGUUCUUCUCUUCAUCGUCGGCUUCCUCAUCCGAAAGACUGGCUUCUACAAAUGGACAUUUUACUUUGCAGUACCCAUCUACAUCUUCGCGCUUGGUCUGAUGAUCCAUUUCCGUGCUCCUAACCAGUAUGUCGGAUACAUCAUCAUGUGCGAGAUCUUUAUCUCCAUCGGUGGAGCUGUCUUCAUCUUGGUCAUGCAGCUUGCUGUCCUUGCUGCCGUUGCCCACCAGUAUGUCGCUGCUGCGCUCGCUACUUUGUAUGUCGCUGGAGGAGUCGGUGGUGCGGUUGGAGGAGCCAUCUCCGGUGCUAUCUGGACGAAUACCUUCAUCCCUCAGCUUAUGAAGAACCUCCCAGAGUCAGAGCUGGCCAAUGCACCACUGAUUGCUGGAAAUAUUGUCAAUCAGCUGGCUUACCCCGUAAACAGCCCUGCACGACUUGCCAUUCAGGAGUCCUAUGGCUUUGCGCAAGUUAGAAUGCUUGCUGCUGGUGUUGGUAUCGCGUCCUUAUUCUUCAUCUGGGUGCCCAUGUUGAGGAACAUCAACGUCAAGAAGCUGAAGCAGACCAAGGGUCUUGUCCUCUAG